AUGUGGGCUAGCAGUGGUGGGUGUGCAGUGACGUCAUUGCCAGAUCUCAGAGCCAGAUCCUAUUCCAGCCGCCAGGAGCAACUGCUGACCACGACAGCCAUCUCCACCCCAUCUCCACCUCUACCUAGACCCAGACCGGUACCCAUGCCAACCCAAUUCGACAAGCUAGCGGAAGACGCCAAACACACCCGCGUCGAAAAUAUGGCGGGUCUUCCUCGUGCAGGCGGCGGAAUGCCAACUUCCCCAUUCGAGAUCGAGGCGACCAAGGAGAUUCUGCAGCGGCGGAUCGAGAAUGGUGAUAUCCAACAGAGCGAUCUUGACCUGCUCAAGAAAGGAUAUACAUGGAUGACCACUGCGUCUUUCCUCGGAUCGGUAGGUAUGGCUAUUCCCACAUAUCUCUUCUUCCGCCGUAAACAGCCUCCGGCGGGUCUCGGUAUCCGGCUCUUAGCGGCGGGAGGGAUGGGGAUGCUGGGGUCGUUCCUGGGCUUCACGGUCGGUGGGGCAGCGGCAGCGGCGGAGGUGAAUCGGAGUAUGGAGAACCCACAGCAGAAACUCAAAGUCUUCGCCGAAAUAGCCACCGAAGCCCGCCGAGCAUCAAUCGAGCGGUCCGGUCUCCCCCGUUCUUCCCCCUCCUCCUCUUCCUCCAGCCCCUUCCCCCCAUCCUCGAGCUCAGGCUCAGGAUCUCUCGGCUCCCGCCCCACCUCACGCGAGUCCAUCGGCGUCGAAACCUCCCCCUCUACGUGGGCUACCGAGUCCUCACUAGAUCGCUCCGAGAUGGCCGCCGAGUCGGCGCGGGAGACCGGGUAUAAGGGAGAUAUAGGCGCGAUAAGGCGAGAUAGUGGGUUUGCGAGUGAUCGUCCCCCGGCCGUGUCCAGCUCUAUGGGAACAGGAGGAGAGGCGAGGGUGGGGAGUAAGGGAGAUAGUUGGGGGCAAUUGCGGAAGGGCGCUAGCGGGACAGGGGGUGCGUUCCCCAGUGCAGAGGGGGAAGGGGCGAGGGGUAUGGGCAUAGGCGGGCGGGGUCAGAUGAGGGAGAAUGAGCGUCUGGGUGCGGGAGGGUUAUCAGGCGCCGGCGGGAUGGAGGGGAAGCAGGACAGUAGGACAGCGGAGCAGAGGGAGUUUGAUGCGUUGUUGGAGAGGGAGCGGAGGGGGCUGGGGGCGGGUGGGGACGACAAGUGGGCAUAG